AUGGAUUUCAAAUUAGGAUUUAUCGGUGGGGGUAACAUGUCCACAGCCAUCGUUAAAGGAAUCCUCAAGAGUGGUGUCCACUCUGCAUCUAAUAUAUGGGUGUCAGGGCCCCAUAUAGAAAAUCUAAAACAUUGGAGUGAAAUGGGAGCUAAUGUUACUACAAGUAACAGAGAAGUAUUUAAAAACUGUGAUAUGAUAUUUUUGGGCAUAAAAGUUACUAAAUUGAACGAGGCUCUUCAUGAUAUUCAAAGAAGUGUGAGCUCGAAAAAAGAUGUAUUGUUUGUGUCUAUGUUACCAGGAAUUGUUAUAAGUGAACUUCAUAAGACAAUAAAAUCAUAUCUACCACUUGUGAAUGCCACUGUGAUACGUAUAAUGCCCAACACGCCAAUGACAAUUGGUGAAGGUGUUUGUCUUUACACUCCAGAUAAUGAAGUAUCAGAUUCACAAUGUUCAAAAUUAGAGAAACUUCUUAGCAGUUCUGCGUUGUGUGAGAAAAUUCCUGAAUACUUAAUGGAUGCGUUGGGUGCAUUGACUGCGUGUGCUCCAGCUUAUAUGUAUGUAGUGAUUGAAGCAUUGGCUGAUGGUGCUGUGAAGCAAGGCGUGCCAAGGGCUACUGCAAUGCGUCUCGCAGCCCAGAUGGUAGUAGGCAGUGGUCAAAUGGUGCUGCACUCUGGAAAACAUCCUGGAUUAUUGAAGGAUGAAGUAUGUUCGCCUGGUGGGUCAACUAUUGCUGGAAUUGCUGCACUUGAGAAUGGUAAACUAAGGGCAACAUUGAUCAACGCAAUUGAAGCAUCAACUAUUAGAAAUAAGGAGUUGGGAAACAAAUAA